AUGAUCAACAGCUUUUAAGAGCUGCUGAGUAGAGAAAAUUGGCUUCUACACUUGGAUUGCUGGAAUCCCUGUCGCUGCCAUCAUGAAUGAUAUCAAACUUGCACUCCUUGGAAGUGAGGGAGUUGGAAAAUCAGCUGUCCUGGUAAGGUUCCUAACAAAAAGAUUUAUUGGAGAAUAUGCCUCAAAUUCAAAUUCCUUAUAUCAUAAAAGGCUGUCGAUUGAUGGAAGACAGUUGAAUCUGGAAAUAUUUGAUCCAUGCUCCCAGAGCACUGAAAGUCGAUGCAUAUUGGAAGAACCUGUGGAAUGGGCAGAUGGUUUUAUUGUGGUUUAUAACAUCAGUGACCGUGCAUCUUUUCUCAAUGCCAAAAACAUCGUGUGCCAGAUCAAAGAAGCACACGUCGAAAACUGCAAAGGUGAAGUGGAAGUCCCCAUCUGCCUGGUUGGAAACAAACAGGACUUGUGUCACGCCCGGCAGGUCUGCGAAGAAGAAGCUCACUCACUUGCCGUGGAAAUCAAAUGCCACUUCCAAGAAGUGUCUGCAGCAGAGCACUAUCAGGAAAUCCUGACCAUGUUCAUCAAGCUGAUCCGGAAUGUGAUGGACCAUCUGAAAUACAGAGCGGACCGCCGGAGGUACAGUGGGUCCAAGUCCAUGGCCAAACUCAUAAACAAUGUCUUUGGCAAGAGAAGAAAGUCUGUGUGAAGAAUGGCUACCGCAAAGGUCCCUAGAAAGAUUCAACCUCCGCUUGCUCUCUUACAGGGGCCGUGGAAAACAUAUCCUGUUGUAGUCAAAAGUUUACUUACCCCAAUGGAAAUUUAUAAUUUCUAAAAAUUUCUCGAAAACAAAUAAUUAUUGUGGAUAAGGAAAGAAAGUUAUAAGAAAUGGAUGUCUACAAUUAUUUAUUUCAGCAAUUGUUUUGCAAAACUCCAAAAAUGCUAAUUCAAAAGUAUUCAUACCCUGACAAGGAAAAUGAAAUGAACAGCUAGUUGAGGCACCUUUAGCAAUAAUAACCUCUUUUAAACGAUUAGGAUAUUUGUCAAUAUCUUGUGCACAGCCUUCUUCAACUCAUACCAAAGAUUCUCAAUUGGGACUUUGACUAGGCCAUUCCAGAAUCUUGAUUUUAUUCUUCUUUAACCAUUUUGAAGUAGAUUUUGAUGUGUGCUUUGGAUCGUUGUUUUGUUGGAACAUCCAGUUGUGCUUUAAACCAGGUUUUGUAGUGGAGGGUUUCAGAUGAUUGGCCAUAGAAGGAUAUUAUCACCACCAUGCUUGACAGUAGGUAUGGUGUUUUUUUUUUUGUACGCCUCACCAGACUUUCUCCAAACGUAACGACUAUCAGCGUGACCAAAUAGCUCGAUUUUUGUUUCAUCACUCCACAAAAUCUUUGACCAGAACUCAUAUCCAUCAUUCAAAUGCCGUUUUGCAAACUUUAAGCAAUUGUCCUUGUGAUGUUUUCCUAAGUGUGGGCUGUGACCAUUGAGACCUUCACCACGCAAUACUCGACCUAUGGUUGAAAUGGAAACCCCAGUCCCACUUGCAACCAAUUCACUUUGAAUAUCUUUGGCAGUCAAUCUCGGAUUGUUAUUAACCUUCCUCACAAUUCUUCUACUUGUUCUUAGUGAAAGAACCUUCCAGACUGUAACAGUACCACUUGUACUUCUUGAUAAUAGAAACAAUAGUUGAAAUUGGGACACUCAAAUGCUUGGAAAUCUUAUUGUAUCCUUCUACAGCUUUAUGACAAUAAAUAAUUUUCUGCCUAAGGUCUUCAGGUAGCUCUUUACUUUUUCCCAUAAUGACUUAUUGGUAAUGACAGCAAUCACCCAAUAACUAACCCUUUUGUACUCUCUCAGAAUAUUCACCUACAAUCCAGCAUUGUCUAGACUUUUCUAGAAUUAGGUUCUGCAAUUUCUAGCACCUUGUACUAUCAUAGCAUCAAAGGGUAUGAAUACUUUUGAAAAAAAUUGCUGAAAUAAAUAAUUGUAGACAUCUAUUUCGUGUAACUUUUUUUUCCUUAUCCACAAAAGCUAAACUUUUGCUACAAAAGAUUUUUCCUAUAAUUAUUUGUUUUCGAGAAAUUUCUAGAAAUUAUACAUUUCCAUUGGGGUAUGUAAACUUUUAACUACAACUGUAUAUCUGGAUUAGGAGGAGGUCACUCAUAAAUAUGCUGAUGUAAUGGUAGACACUCCGUAAUUCCUUUGCAAAACAAAAAGAUGUUCCCUUGAGUCAGAGCUGCACUCCAAUAUCUUAAUGCUUAAUAACAAAUUAAUAAGACAUUAUUAUUGGAAUAGAAAACCUUUCUGCAGUAUCACACUAACUACAAGAUAACCGCAAAUAAGGCCUAUGUACAUGCUACUCAGCGGGAUUGAGUGCUCCAUAUUAGAUUACUCAAACAAUAGAGCCCUGAUUGGAAAGCAUUACCGGCUGCUAGUUGGCUGUGUCAGGAAGUACAAAGUCAACAAUCAGAGCUGUGAUUAGAAUCAGCACCGUUAUCGUUAGUUUAAACAUUUUUAAAAUUAAAGAUUUGUUUACCUUUUAAAUGUUUGCUUUCCUUCCCUGAUUCAUGUUUUAAGCUAAACAUUUAUUCUACCUGAAUGUUCCAUGGUCACCCACCAUGUGGCAUUGCCCUGGAAUGGAGUUGUGAGGUUUCUAAUAAUUAUUUAUCAGAUUGGCAACUGUUUGUGAAAUGUGUUGGGUGCCAGAAUCUGCCAACUGUAUGCAAGUUGGGCACUGGUAUACAUGACCAGCAUGGUAGCCAACAAUAAAAUGUUGGCAGACACUGCUGCCAAAGAUGUCCACAUUAUACAAUCCUGUUGGCUGAUUUGGUUGCUACAGUGCUGUCCAUCAAAAUCAUCUCAGAUGGACUUGGCUUCAGAAUCUUAGUUCAGUUUUCAGCCUGCAUCACUGUGGUACCUGUUUCAGCCUAAUAGGAUAGACAUACAGGCAGGUUGACAUACUAACAUAAUCAUAUGGAAUAGGACUACAAUACAUGUUAUACCUAUUCUUUCUAAACCUAUAUCUAUCCAAAUUACAUGCACAAUGGAACACUUAUCUAAUUCCCUUCCCAGGUACAAUGUAGCAGCGUGGAUAUAUUCCUUCUGUGUAACACUGCCGUACAGUAGACACACACUACAACAUUUUCUCUCUGUAAACUGUAAAUAUACGAUAUGUUAUGUUUAUAAUCCAUAUAGUAUAUAAAAGUAAAAAAGCUAAAGGAAUAGCCCAGGUAUAUUCAAGCUAUUCUGUUAAUUAGUAUUCACAACAUUUGAAUGAAAAAUAUUGCUUUUCGCUAAUAUUGUUACAUUAUAUAAUUUAUAUUACAAUUGUUUGUUUCUUGUAACCAACCAGUGUUGUUAAAUCUGUAUUAAUGCCUUUUUAUACCAAGUGUUUUUCAUUUGUUGGGAAUACCUCUAGGAAUUAUUGGCAAAUGAAGCCAAACGAAGACUCAUGAAUAUGGAACAGAAUGUUACUUCCAAAAAUAUAGUAAUUGUACCCAGACGGAAACAGCUUCUAUGUUUAAUUGUUAUUGCCACAUACACCAGGUCCAUGGCUAAGGAAACCCCCACAUAAACACAUAAAAAAAGCUUUUGUACAGCAUCUAAAUUUGUCCCUUCAAAAAUAUAUUUGGAGUCUAUUUUAAUGAUCUAAACUAGGACAGAUCUAAAUACUAUGUAUCUCUAUAUUAAUCUGGAUGGUGGUAUUGACCCCCUCUUCAUUAUGUCACUAAAGAUCAUAAAGGACUACAGUACAUUAGAACAGAUUUACUAGUUGAGGUAUUUGCAAUAUUAAGAUUCCCCCACUGUUCAGACUAGCUAUCAGCUUCAGCAAAAUAACCUCCCGUGCACAACAUUUCAUUAUUCACAUGAUGACACCAGCUUCAUCUGGAGAUCAUCAUCCAGCUAAUAGAACAGGCUUAGGGUAAUAACCUUGCUUUCUCUGUCUGUGGGGCGGCCAACAUGGACUGCAGCUAAGGUGAAGCAUUUUGACAGAAACAUAUCUCCAGUAUAAAAAGAUGAGAUGGUGAAAACUAGGGCUCUGAGCCACAAUACAACUUAAUAGGUGGUUGUUAAAUAAGUUAUGUCAAAAAGAGCUUAAAAAUAAAAAUCUGUCAAAAAUGACAACAUAUCCAGUAUUUGAGAAAUGUAGAAACUGCACUCAUACAAAGACCUGCUCUCAUCUUGAUCAUGAGGCCCACACGUUUCUGUACUGCUCAUUUCAAGAAGUCUGAAUCUCAGGUGACAUUGCCAAAUUUACUGCAGAAAGUGCAGAUUUGCUUUGCUUAUGAAGUAGCCAUUGCAACCAGUAUCAAUUGCUUGAAUUUGUGUAAUGACAGAUAGAAUUUGAAAGAAACUACAUUACCUAUAGAAACAAGGGCAGCCACUGCUCUUUAUGCUUACAGACAUGGGGUGACUUUUGUGUAGUGAAACUUUUCAUUCUGCCAGAGUUAUGAUAACUGAAGCUAUAUGUGAAUACAAUUGAAUUCUAGUUUUAUGUACGGUAUGAUUUCUAAUCAAGAUAAUAAAUGAUAUCAUAGUAAUACUUAGCUAUGAUAAGGCUGAUAAAGUAGCAUGAACUGAACCCUAGGGGAAUCCAGAAUCCAAACAGUACAGUUAUGUGUUUUUUUCUUAUAAAUAAAAUGUAAUUUGUACAAAACCUUAUCGAGCAAAGAACGGCCAAUUUAUGGGGUUUUGUUUGGAACCAAAAGUUAUUUUAUGUAUUCAUUGC